UUCCCCUAAACCCUAAACCCUUUCUAUCUCAAAUUCCUUUUCUUCUUCUCAAAAUUUCCGGUUAAACUACGACCGCCUCAGCCCCUUUUCUUCUUAAUUCUCCGCCGCCUGAGCAAGCUCCCCGCUGCUGCCGCCGUGAAUUUGUGAAUUCAAUUCUCUUGCCGAAGAAAUUAACCAAGUACUCACAUGCUAUGGAGCAGCGGUUGGCCAAUUCGUGGCGGAUGACCGUCAAUGAGAAGAACUUCAUUCAAACAGCCCUGCUCUCUGACCUCCGAAUCGACGGCCGUGGCCCUUUUGAUUACCGGAACCUGACUAUUCAGUUCGGAAGUGAAGAUGGCUCAUCAGAAGUCCAGCUGGGCCAGACUCGCGUAAUGGGGUUUGUAACAUCACAGCUAGUGCAACCUUACCGCGAUCGCCCUAAUGAAGGUACUCUUGCCAUAUUUACUGAGUUCUCACCAAUGGCAGAUCCUUCUUUUGAAAUUGGUCGUCCUGGGGAAUCUGCUGUUGAGUUGGGACGGAUAGUUGAUCGUGGGUUAAGGGAAAGCAGGGCCAUUGACACUGAAUCACUUUGUGUUGUUGCCGGGAAAUGGGUGUGGUCCAUCCGUAUUGAUCUUCACAUUCUAGACAAUAGCGGGAAUCUUGUUGAUGCUGCCAAUAUUGCAGCCUUGGCUGCGCUCUUGACAUUCAGAAGGCCAGAGUGCACACUGGGAGGGGAAGAUGGUCAGGAAGUUAUAAUACAUCCACCAGAAGUCAGGGAACCCUUAGCAUUGAUUGUACACCAUCUCCCAAUAGCAGUAACAUUUGCAUUUAUUGGAAAUGAGAGCAGAGUGGUUAUUGAUCCAUCGCACUUUGAAGAAGCUGUUAUGGGUGGAAAACUGACUGCUACUUUGAACACAAAUGGUGAUGUCUGUGCUAUUCAAAAAGCUGGAGGAGAAGGUGUAAUGCAAAGCGUUGUUAUGCAAUGCUUGCGGAUAGCAUCGGUGAAGGCUGCUGAUAUUACUGGAAAAAUAAAAAAAGCUGUUGAAUCAUAUAAAACAAAAAGAGAUUUAAAAAAAAUCAAAAGACACCCUGAUUCAGUAGAUAUCAGCAAUAUAUCAAAGGACAUGGAGAAGUCUAAACUGGAACUUGAGAAAGGUCAAAGUGAUGACAUGGAAAUUGAGGGCCACUCAUCAAAGAAAGAUGAAAGCAGUUUGAGACACAGCAAGCAUAAAGCCAGCAUUAGUGGACCUUCUAGUUGGGAUCCAUACUCAAAGAUUGCAGAUGCAGAUGAAUUAAAAGCAACUCUAGCUUCACGAGCUGUAGCAACACCAAAUCUGAAGAUGGAUGUAAUGCCACCUGAAAAGCAACAGUUGAAUGUAAAGGAUGAAUCCCAUAGAGAUGCAGAUCCAUCACCUCCGUUAUUGGUGGCAGCUGAAGCUAGAGAGGAGAAAAACAAAGCCAAGACAUUAUUGGACGCUGUGAAACCUAAGCAUAAGAGAAAGAAGAAGAAUGCAUCAAAUUCUAAUGGAAGUUAAAACAUGGGUUUCUAAAGAAUUCCCUUUUGACUUGGUGAAUGCAGUCUUGAGAUCUUCUACCUAAGAUCAAAACUUCAUGUAGCAUACUCGUGAAAAGGUUCUCCAAUGAUAAUUUAUGGCGCAAAGACAUGCUACCCUUGGCAGCAUCCAGAAAGGAAGUUGACAUGGCUUAACUGCUAAUGAUUUGAUGACGAGGUUGUUGACUUGUAAUGUACCAUUUACUUUCUGGAAUUGGAACUAGGAGCAGCAUCUCCUCUUAUAUCUGGUUAACAUUAUGCCCCUUGUAGGAUUGGGCGACAUAGUUAGGUUUUAUGAAGAAUUUCUGCUUUUUAGAUCAGUUUUCAUGAGCAGAUAUGGACUGCUGCUAGAAUCGGCAUGUAGUUUGGGUAUUGAUUUUGCUUUGUUGUAAAAAAUUUAAAUCGGAAAAACUUAGCUCUUCUUAUUACU